CCACAGAGAAACAGAAAAACGAAAACCAGAGAAUUUAUUCGAUAGACGUAAAAGCCACCGAAGAGCAAGAGCGCGCGCGCGCGCACAAGCUAAUGAUCCUCGCAUGAAAUCUGCAAAUUCUCAUUUUCUCCUUUAAGCCUUGGAACCAAGCUUAUUUUCAUCCACGAUCUUUCUGCCGCGCGAAUUCUUUACUAGUUUCCGAUUAUUUGGCUACUCAACGUUCCAAUUUAACCCAAUAUGAUUCAAUUUUGCCGUUUAAUCCAUUGCAAUCUCAUGUAAUGUAGGAAGUGAACUGAGCUGUUUUUGAGCUGAUCAUUGUUCAAUGGAGGUCGUCUGUGGGGCUCCUCUCGCGUUUUUUUAUUGGCAUUUGGUGAUUCCUAGGGGUUUCUGACGAAGUUCAUGAGCUGUGACUUCUGAUUUCUGACGAGCGGUUUAGCAUUAUGCUUAUGCUUUCAAAUUUUAGAGUGGGAGGUUGGUGAAAUACGAUUUUUGAAUGGGGCAACGUUGGAGUUUCUGUUUUGGUAUGCAUUACAGUGGGGCUGGUCGAUGUUCAUAUGGGUAUUUCAUCAACGCGUGGGCCAGCACCUUGAAUGGCUGAUUCUCUGAGAAGUGGUCUCGUCGAGAGGGAUAUUGAGCAGGCCAUAACAGCACUUAAGAAGGGAGCGUACUUGCUAAAGUAUGGUCGUAGAGGGAGACCAAAGUUCUGUCCAUUCCAUCUCUCAAAUGAUGAGUCUACAUUGAUAUGGUAUUCUGGCAAAGACGAGAAGCAUCUUAAAAUCAGUCAAGUUUUAAAGAUUAUUCCUGGACAGCGUACUGCAAUAUUCCACCGAUAUCCUCGUCCUGAAAAGGAGUAUCAGUCGUUUUCACUUAUAUGCAGCGAUAGGUCCUUGGACUUGAUUUGCAAAGACAAGGACGAAGCUGAAGUUUGGUUUGUUGGUCUGAAGGCAUUGAUUUCUCGUGGUAAUUUCAGCAAGUGGAGAAUUGAUAUAAAAAGUGACAGCACAUCGUCAGAAAGUCCGAAAACUCGUAAUAGAAUUGGUCCUUCAUUUGAAACACCAUUUGAUUCGGCAGAUGCUCAAGGAAAUCAAGUGCAUUCAGAUAGUGUUCCACAGAACAGACUGGGGAAGGCUUUUUCCGACGUGAUAGCAUUAACUGCACCUGCCAAGGGUUCCAAUCAGACAGAUGCAGUUGCUAAUUCCAGUAGCUCAUUAUCACAGGGUUCUGUUGAGAAUUCAAAUUCAACUUUUCGAACUUCUGUGGCUGAGGCUGCUCGAGUGAGUUUAUCAAGUGCUGUAAGCUCAUCAAGUCAGGGUUCAUACCGGGAAGACUUUGAUGCUGUGGGUGAUGUUUUCAUUUGGGGAGAAGGUUUUGGCGGUGGAGUGCUUGAUGGUGAUGGACAAAGAGUUGGAAAUUUAAAUAACUCCAAGACAGAUGCUCUUCUACCAAAGGCAUUAGAAUCAACAGUGUCUCUGGAUGUUCACAAUAUUGCAUGUGGUAGCAGACAUGCUGCGUUGGCUACCAAAAAGGGGGAGAUCUUUACUUGGGGGGAAGAAUCAGGAGGCAGGCUGGGGCAUGGUGUAGAAGAAGAUGUUAGCCACCCAAAGCUCAUAAACACUCUUAGCGGCUUGCACAUCGAGUUAGUGGCAUGUGGUGAAUAUCACACUUGUGCAGUUACCCUCUCCGGGGAUCUUUAUGCAUGGGGUGAUGGUACUUACAACUCUGGUAUGCUUGGGCACAGAAGUGAAGCAAGUCACUGGAUCCCUAAAAAAGUGGGUGGCAUCAUGGAGGGUAUACAUGUAUCAUAUGUGUCCUGUGGACCUUGGCAUACAGCAGUUGUGACAUCUACAGGCCAGUUGUUUACAUUUGGAGAUGGAUCGUUUGGCGCCCUUGGCCAUGGAGAUCUAAGCAGCACAGGAAUUCCACGAGAAGUAGAAACUUUGAAAGGGUUACGGACAACAAGGGUUGCUUGUGGUGUAUGGCACACUGCUGCGAUUGUUGAAGUAAUAAUUGAAUCACCUAGUUCUGGAGCUACCAGUUCCACUAGUCACCUGUUCACAUGGGGCAAUGGCGAUAAAGGCCAACUUGGACAUGGUGACAAAGAACCUAGACUUGUUCCUGAAUGUGUCGAUGCAUUCGUUGAUGAAAAUAUCUGCCGAGUUUCCUGUGGACAUAACCUUACUGUUGCUCUGACAAAUACAGGUCAAGUCUAUACGAUGGGGAGUACCGUUCAUGGACAGCUGGGAAGUUCUAAAUUUGACGGGAAGUAUCCUACUCAUGUUGAAGGUAAAAUAGCAGAUAAUUUUGUGGAAGAUAUUGCAUGUGGUUCUUACCAUGUUGCAGUGUUUACUUCCAAAGCAGAAGUCUAUACCUGGGGAAAGGGUUCAAAUGGACAAUUAGGCCAUGGAGAUAUGGAUGAUAGAGAUACUCCUACGCUUGUUCAGUUUUUUAAAGAUAAGCAAGUUAAGAGUAUAGUAUGCGGAUCUAAUUUUACAGCCAUUAUAUGUCUCCAUAAACGAGUAACUAGUGCUGAUCAUUCUAUAUGCUCCAGUUGUCGUAAUCCAUUUGGUUAGAAGAAACGCCAUAAUUGUUACAACUGUGGGCUAGUUUUCUGCAAAGCAUGCAGUAAGAAAUCCCUGAAAGCUUCUUUGGCUCCAAGCAUGAAUAAGCCAUAUCGAGUGUGUGAUGACUGUUUUGUCAAACUGAAAAAAUCAAUGGAAUCUAGUCUGGCUGGACGAACUUCUAAAGUUAAAAAUGGGAACAAGCAUCAUAGAUCUGUUGAGCCAGCAGAUAAAGAAAUUCUAAGUCCUGGAUUACUUGCCCAACUCCCUAGACCAUCAUCUGCUGAUUCAGUCAAUCACUCAGAAAGUAGGCGUCUCAGGAGUGAUUCGAGAGUAGAAUCAAAUGAUCGCAUUCUCUUGCUUCCUAUGAAUGGUAAUUUUCAGUUGGGGUGCUUUUUUCCAUGUCAAGCAUCAACUUCUCCAGUUGGAACUGCAAAAAAAGUUUUAUCAAUUACCAUUCCUAGUUUGACAAUGAGUUCUCGGUCCACCUCUCCUGCGUCAGCAAGAUUUACACCUCAGUCUUCUGAAUCAAUCAGUGAUAAUUUGAAGCAAAUGAAUGGCACUUUGAGCCAAGAAGUCAAAACUUUAAAGGCACGGGUAUGUCUAUCAGAAACACUAAUAGCUUCUUCUUUCAAGUACACCUUUUAA